AAUGGCAGAGCAGCGGGGCCGGAAGUGAACUGAUCAAACCGACAUACGUUUCCUUGACACUAGGGAAGAUUGUAAAUAAAACUGACUUCAGCAAUCUGUUUACAACAUAUUGACUUUUUGUUGGAUAACAGAUUGUCUUCUUUAAGUAGAGAGAUAUAUGAAAAUGGUGUGGUGUGAAAACAGCUGACUGUGGAGGUAAGGGAGUGGUGGAUCAUCUGUGCUCUGUCACUGCCACUAUGGCAGAGGUCACUGGUAGAAAUGUGAUUUCUGUACAAGGUCCCUACAUAAGAAUGAUUACAAACCGCACAACUAACCUGCUGAUCCGAGGGGCCAUGCUGUUCUGUGUGGGUGUGUUUUUAGCGCUGGUGUUAAACCUGCUGCAGGUGCAGCGUAAUGUCACUCUCUUCCCUCCUGAUGUCAUCAGUAGCAUCUUUUCUUCAGCGUGGUGGGUACCACUUUGCUGUGGAACAGCAUCAGCUCUAAUAGGGCUGCUGUAUCCAUGUAUAGACAAGCGUUUGGGAGAGCCCCAUAAGCUGAAGCGCGAGUGGUCCAGUGUGAUGCGUUGUGUGGCUGUCUUUGUUGGCAUUAAUCACGCCAGCGCUAAAGUGGACUUUGCAAAUAAUGUACAGCUGUCACUGACCCUGGCUGCACUCUCAGUUGGUUUAUGGUGGACAUUUGACCGGUCACGCAGUGGUUUCGGUUUGGGAGUCGCCAUUGCAUUUCUGGCGACUCUCACUACUCAACUACUGGUGUACAAUGGAGUGUUUCAGUAUACAUCUCCUGACUUCCUGUACAUACGAUCUUGGCUGCCCUGCAUUUUCUUUGCUGGUGUGAUAACCAUGGGAAACAUAGGAAGGCAGCUUGCUCUUGUCUUCUUUCCAGUAUGAGUGUAAAGUUCUUCAAGAAAAGAUUCAUCAGGACUAAAACAUCUUAUAUCAUGGAUGCAAAAAUGAGGAAACCUGCAUGAACAGUUAAAGAGGUGCUCUCUUUCAGCAGAUACAGGACAAGUGUUGUCUAUGUUUAGCAGGACAGUUUGGAGAUAAGGGCAUGGUCACUGGCUACCAGUGCAGCCUCUCUGAAGCUAAAUAAAGCUGAAACUGGGAUUGGUUAAUUGAAAUAUCUUUGCACAGUGUAUUCUUUAAGUUACAUAUGCAUUAUAUCUGGUGGAAAUAAUGUGCCAAAGUGACUUCGAUGCAGUUGUACUUUUUGGUCUUAAACUGUUACUCAUAUGCUGAUUCUUUUGGGUGAUGUUACGAGACAGUGUUUCUUCUAGGCAUGAAUAAGAAUUGCAAGUGGAGUUUAUAGUGUAUACAGAGGUCAAACCACAGAAAAAGAAUCCAUAGCAUAUAUAUUGGCAUGGAACACUUGGCAACACUUGGCAUGGAAAGAAACUCUGUAAAGAAAGAUGCCUUAAAAAAUGAAGUUGACGUAUCUAUGAAAAGAAAAUAUUAUAACGUAAACAGCAGUAAACAGUAUUAUAGUAAACAAAUAAAUAAAUCGAGUACAGUUUGUGCAGUUCGAUAAGGAAAUUAGCAGGUAAGUUUUACUGAGCAUCAUGGAGAGCAAUUCUUCUACAGUUCUUCUGGAGAUUUUGAAUAUUUGUUUCCAGUAGCCUCCAUAGUUUUAUUUGUCCUAAAAUUAUCUUUUCCUUUUUUUUCUUUUUUUUUUCUUGCUUUCUUUCUGUGCUUUCUUGACUUACAAACACAUUUCUGAAACAUUUCAUUUGACUUAUAUUAGUAAUGUUUGGAAAUGUUUCUCUACUGAUUCUGGUGCCUAAGACUUUCACACAGUACUGCAUGCUGAAGUUAAUUAAGGUACACUGGUAACUACCAUAGUGUCCAAAAUUGGUUUCUACAUUCUUUUCAAAGCUAGCAAUGAUUAAGCAGACUAGGAAUGAACUUUUGUGCUGUGAAGGUAAACAGUGUAAUUGCGAAAGAGUUUACUGUGCAUUUCUAAUUACUGCUCUGCUAUUUCACCACACUCACUAGCACACAGGUGACAUAACAUAUGCUGCCUAUGUCAGCAUGAGCAUAAUCGGUGUUAGACCAGGUGUGUAUUAACCGUACACAUUACUGUCAUUUAAUGAUUAAGCUUUACCUCAGUGUUCCUGUGAUCUUGCAUUGUGUCCUCUUUAAUCUCUCUUACACACACAGCCUUCAUCCAUCUUCCUGUUUCUCACAUAGUCGUAUACGCCUUUGCAUUAGCAAGGGACUGUAAUAUUGAACAGUUGUUUUGGAUUGUUUAGCUUUAAAAAAAUACCCAUAAUUUUUGCCUCAGCCUUAAUAUUAGUUUUCUAUUCAAGGCUUUUAAAAGGGAAAAUAGGAUCAACUGCUAUGAAACAUGUUUACUCUCCUUAUUUACCUCUAUAACUGAACAGAGUAAAGUGUUACUGAAGAUCUUUUGUAUUCGGAUUAUAUUUCAUCAGCAUUGUACAAAAUGGAAUGGAACAUAGGAGCAUCAUAAUCAUUUUUAAAAGUUUUACAUUACAUUUAACAUGACCUGUUUUUAAGAUAAAUAUUUAACAGGAAAAUAAUGUGAAAUGUAUAAAAAAAUUUAAAUACCAUUUAGACUUUUACAGGGAUGACUAUCAUCAAAUGACUGUUAAUGGUGACUGUUCAGGACUAAUGUGUUAUAAAGUGCACAGUAAUUAAUUAAAUAAAUAAAAGUUCUGGUAAAAUGUUCAAGUAAAUGUAAAACAUGCAUUAAAAGGUGUAUUUUCAUAUUAUUGGUUUUUGAAUCUGUUCUACAAUUUAAUGUUAAUUGUUCUUCAAUAAAAUAUAUGUUAAACUGCA